CUCGGCUCGUUGGACUGGAAAACGUGUCUCUGGCGAGGAUCUGAGUCCCUGAGCAGCCAUGUCUUCAGCUCAGCACCUCAGAGACUUCAUCAGCGAGCGCUUAACUGCUGCUGCUGACGAAAUAUUCUCCGAGUUUGAGAGAACCAUCGUCCGGUACGAGGAGGAGAUCGAGCGGCAGCGCAGACUGCUGGACAUCACCGGGAAACCCGAGGUGAAGCUGCGCAGAGUAGACGUCUCCCAGCUUUCAGCCUGUAAGGAGGAGGACGUCCCGCCUGACCAGCAGCUCCGUCACCAGGAGGGGACCUCCGGUCUGGACCAGCUGGAACCACAACCACAGAUUAAAGAAGAGCAGGAGGACUUUGUGCUGAAGGAGGAAGAGCAGCUCGUACUGAAGGAGGAGACUGACACCAUCAUGGUGACUCCAACUUGUGAGGAAAGUGACCACAGUGAACCAACUGCAGACCACUUCCUGUCUCCCAAGUCUGUUGCAGAAGAGAGCGGAGGUCAGGAAGGAAGCAAACAUGAAGGCCAACAACCAAGUGGAAACUCUGAGAUGAAAUGUCACAAAAGUCACAGUAAGAAAGUGACCGGUGACAGUCAGUGUAGCCUUGACGCGGAUGAGUCGUCUGUUAUCUGUGAUGUUUGUGGAAGAACAUUUAAACAUACCUCACAAUUGAAGGUACAUUACCGAAUCCACACGGGCGAGAAACCGUUUUCAUGUAAAAUAUGUAAGAAAUCCUUCAGGUACAAUUUUAAUCUGUUGCAACACAUGAGAACGCACACCGGUGAGAAGCAAUACUUUUGUACAACCUGUGGGGAAGGAUUCUUUGUGCCGUCAGCACUCAAAAAGCAUGCAGCAGUCCACACGGGGGAGGUGUUUUCUUGCGAUAUCUGCGGUAAAAGUUUCUCUUUGAACGGCAGUUUGACGCGACACAUGAGAAGCCACACAGGCGAGAGGAUGCAUCCUUGCAUCAUGUGCGACAAAGCUUUCCCUCACAACAGCAACUUGUUACGACACAUGAGGACUCACACGGGCGAGAAGCCGUAUCCCUGCGAAACCUGCGGUAAAAGCUUCACCAGCAGCAGUAAUCUGCUGGAGCACAUGAUAACGCACACCGGCGAGAGGCCGUACCUGUGUAAGAUGUGUGGGAAGAGUUUCACCCAGAGGAGCAGUCUGAACGUCCACAUGAGGAUUCACACGGGAGAGAAACCCUUUUCCUGCAAAGUGUGCGGGGAGAGUUUCACCAGGAAGUGUCAUUUGUUGAACCACGUGACGACUCACACGGGCGAGAAGCCAUUCCAGUGUAAGAUUUGUAGUAAAAGUUUCAGUAAAAGCUGGAGUUUGUACGUCCAUAUGAAAAUUCACACUGAAGGGAAAUGAUUUACCGUAUUGGCCCGAAUAUAAGACGUGUUUUUUUUUUUUUUGCAUUGAAAUAAGACUGAGAAAAUGGGGGUCGUCUUACAUUCCGGGUCUAGACAUUAUACCCAUUCACAACACUAGAUAUCUUUAGAGUGAACCCCUGUCACGAAAGAAGAAAAAUAGAUAACAGAAAAUGGAGAAUAGUUGUACUGUGUUCAUCAUGUCUUCAGAUUGAUAUCUUAUGAUUUCUUUUUUUCAGACAAAGUUCCGACUUCUUACGGGAGAUCCGCCGAAAACUGUCAGUCGGGAGGUAAGAAGUCGGAACUUUGUCUGGAAAUAAGAUAUAUAGAAAAUGGAGAAACGUUGCAACAAUCAGGAGAAAAGUGGGUGGAAGAUCGGCCAGGUUAACCGGCAGCUGAGGAGACGUUAUGAUGCAAACUUCAUAGGAGGAAAGCCCAGCCGGCUGAGUCCCAACAGGUGGCCAAAAUGAGUCUUCAAAGAACUGCAAAGCGGCUGUGAAAUAUGGUGUAACAGAUGUAAAAAUAAAAUAACAAUUAUUUUCUGUAUAAAAAUUUAAUUUAGUGUUCAAAAAGUAUUUUUUUAAACUUGAAGACGAAGGAUCGUCUUAUAUUCGGGCCAAUGCGGUAUUUAAAAAAAAAAAAAACGUGUAGGAAAGAUCUCAAAAUAUUAAUUAGUUUGACAUUUACAAAGUAUAUGUUGGGUUUUUUUAACCCUCCUUAAAGCCUGGCCAGCCAUCUAUAUAUUUUUUUCCCUCUGGUGGAUUGGAUUUAGAUUUCCAGGGUCACUAGCAACAUGCAGAAGAAACUUCCUCUGAACUCUGGAUAGUCGUACAACCAGUCAGAGAGAGAGCAUGUGAUUAGCUAGGCCACGGGUCGGCAACCCGCGGCUCUUUAGCGCCGCCCUAGUGGCUCCUGGAGCUUUUCAAACAUGUUUGACCUUUUUUUCUCUCUUUUUUUCCCUUUUAUUCUUUUUUUCCUUUUUUCUUUUCCUUUUUUAAUCUCGACAUAUCGACUUUUUUCUCGACAUAUCGACUUCUCGACAUUUCAACUUUUUUCUCAACAUUUCGACUUUUCUCGAGAUUGUACUUCAACAUUAAUCUCGACAUUUCAACUUUUUUCUCGACAUUUUGACUUUUUUCUCGACAUUUCGACUUUUUCUCGACAUUUCGCCUUUUGCCAUUUGCCUUCAUUCUAAGGAUUAUACAAGACUUUUCACUUUUUGCGGCUCCAGACAUAUUAGUUUUUUGGGUUUUUGGUCCAAUAUGGCUCUUUCAACAUGUUGGGUUGCCGCCCCCUGUGCUGAGGGCAUUGCCACCGUUUCUGCGGCAAACGCAUCAACCGUCUCGGCUCCUUCUAGUUGAGUUCAUCAUUCCAGUUAGUUUUUCUUUCUUUCAUUUUUUCCUCUUCGUCUUCGCCACCAUUUUGUUCUUUUAUUCUCUGUUGACCAAAAGUGGUGCAUGACCAAGUGGUAUGUAAGUCAGUGGCCACGGUUACAAGAUGUUUUUUAAUUCGGAAUUAAUUAUUCCAAAUUAAAUAAUUCAGAAUUAAACUAUUAUUAAACUAUUUUCCUUCGAGUUUACAUGGGAAGGUUCUGAUUGGAUAGGGGGGGGACCGGAAGUUAAACUACCGGAAGAAAAACUAACUUAGCCGCUACAACUUUGAAAAGCUCACAAUUAUUAUGUUUCCUGUUUCCAUCUGUUCUUUUAAUGAUUUCUAUUUAUUAAAUAAAUGGUCUCUGCUCUUGACCAGCGUUUACUGCUGCUGCAUCUUGAAACUUUGUUAGGAAAACCAGCCCAGCAGGAAUAUAAGAUCAUGGAGACAGACGGGCGAGGGAACGAGCAGAAAGAAAGACCAGAAUUAAUUUAAAGAGGAAUGAGUGGAUACAUGAUCUGGAAUUAUUCUAUUGGGAUUUAAAAUCGGAAUAAACCAGCCACUUACUUCAGAAUUAAGUUUAAUUGGCCAUUUUCAUUCGGAAUUAGGUGUUUACAUGGUAAUUUUUACUCAUUUUAGAUUGGAUUUCAUUUGAAUUCUGAAUUAAAGAGGAAUUGAACUUCCCAUGUAACGCACUCCCAGGCUCCGACCUGCUCCAUCACUGUAAAGCAGACACAGCAAACUCCUGCUAAUGGAAACCAGCCUAUAAUAGUGUUGGAAACUGGAUAAGACUGCCUCAUCUCUUUCACAGAAGUUUGAAAUCGUGAAACCCUAAGGUUUUUGAGUCAUGAGCAUUUGGACCUCUGUACCAUAACGGCUGUUUCUAGCUUUCUGGAGACUAUGUAAGGUUCUUGUAAAACUAUGGUGCAAUCGGUGAGUUCAAACCUUGUAAGAUGAUCCCUGGUGAUGUAAAGCUGGAAUUCCCCUCCAAGUGUUAGACGCUUCCAUGCUCCAUCACUUCUGAUUUAAAAGAACGGGCCAGAGACCUGUGGAGGCUUUAGAGGCCGGGGUUAAGGAAGGGUUGUGGCUUCACAGACUACGUUUACAUGCAGUCAGAAUUCAGGUUAUUGCUAAUAUUCCGGUUACUGAAACAUUAUUCCGGGUGACAUGUCCUGCCCCGGCUUUAAGGCAAGGCAGUUCCAUCUGUACAGCGAGUAGGCUUCAUGGCAGCUAUACAUACACGACUGUCUCAGAAAAUUAGAAUAUUGUGAUAAAGUUCUUUAUUUUCUGUAAUGCAAUUUGGGGGGAAAAAAAAAAGUCAUACAUUCUGGAUUCAUUACAAAUCAACUGAAAUAUUGCAAGCCUUUUAUUAUUUAAGCUGUAAGCCAUGAC